CGGGGGCCGCGCCCGGGGAGGGGGCGCCGGGGCCGGCCUUCCCUGGGGAUCCUGUGCCGCUCCGGGACAGGAGACCCUGUCCUCUGCGCUGGGAGAAGGCACCCGCGGCGGCGCGAGGCGUUGUGGUGCUGACGGGAGGAGGGAAGGCCGGCCCUGGGAGCUGCGAUCCCCCGCGCCCGGGCGCUGUCCCGAAUUAGGGGACACCCUAAUUCCUUGCACCCAGUGUGCCUGAGACCGAGCCACGCACAGAGCCGAGCAGGUGAUCCCUGGGAUUUCCAGCCACAGCCAUGGGAUUGUUUGACAAGCUGGCAGGAUGGCUUGGGCUGAAGAAAAAGGAGGUUCACGUCUUGUGCCUUGGCCUGGACAACAGCGGCAAAACAACGAUCAUCAAUAAACUUAAACCUUCCAAUGCUCAAACUCAGGACAUCGUUCCAACAAUAGGAUUCAGUAUAGAGAAAUUCAAAACUUCAAGUUUGUCUUUCACAGUAUUUGAUAUGUCAGGUCAAGGGAAAUACAGAGACCUCUGGGAACACUACUACAAAGAAGGCCAAGCCAUUAUUUUUGUCAUUGAUAGCAGUGACAAAUUAAGAAUGGUUGUGGCCAAAGAAGAACUUGACACCCUUCUGAAUCAUCCAGACAUUAAGCACCGUCGGCUGCCUAUUCUCUUCUUUGCUAACAAGAUGGACCUUAGGGAUGCAGUGUCAUCUGUGAAAGUGUCUCAGUUGCUGUCCUUAGAAAACAUCAAAGACAAGCCCUGGCAUAUCUGUGCCAGUGAUGCUCUUAAAGGAGAAGGAUUACAAGAAGGUGUGGAUUGGCUCCAAGAUCAAAUUACACAGUCAGAUGCAAGCAAUGAAGACAUGAGAGAUAAAUAAAGGAUCUAUGAGGUUCUUUUAUGCCCUUUGUCAGUAGGUGAACAAGUUUCUUGGAAAGGAAGAAUGAUUUGGAGAUGAACAUUUCAGCUAAAAUAUCCUGUAUUGACUUGUUUCAGUUUAGUAUUUCUUCCAGGAAAACUGAAUGUAGACAACCUAGCACCUCAGGUAUGCACAUUGAUUAAUUAAAUUGAAUCUUGUGACUGGAGAGCAAAUACAAAAAAAAAAAAAUUGUGUUAAAAAUAAACAUCUGCAUUCAUUUGAGGUUUAAGUGAUAAUUAGACAUUAGUAAAUGCCCCUCUGCUUUUUUGGGGGGACACCUUUUGAGGAAAUGGGAAUAUUUAUUUGCCAGAGAAAAUAAUCAGCACUUCCUGAAAUCCAGCUACAUAAAAUACCUACUGAUUCUAGUUGCCUAGUUGCAGGCAUUACUGCCAUUUUUUUUAUAUUAAAGUUUGAUGUUGGGUUUUUAUUAUCCAUCCCUAAUAUACAUCUAUAAGAGUAUUUUGAUUAAAGAUAUAAGGAUUCAAAUGUUAAGUGUAUUUGUUAUAGAUGAUUGCAGAUGUUUUUAAGAAAUUGCUUUUUAAGACAAUGUUACUAAUUGUUUUGUGAUUAUGCCAUGGUUAUAUUUGCAUUCCCAUCAAUAAAACAUCAAAUAUAUGACAUGCCCUGAUUGGGUUUUUUAACUUCAAUAUGCUAAUUAAUGAUCUUUACAUCCUAGAGAUUUUUGGUUUUUUAUUUGUUUCAUUUGGAAUUUGUUUAUCCAUAUUCAAGUGGAUAUAGCACUGUAUAUGUAAUAAAAUGGUAUCUCUGUUGCCAAGGGGUUUUUUUUAUUAAUUGCAUGUAUUUUUUGCACUACCUAAUGCACUAGACUUCCCUUCCAGGUACUUAAGGAGUAUAUGAAUUACAGGAUGGGUCAGACUGAAAGGGACCACAGUGGGGUCAUCUGGCCCAACUUCCCUGCUCAGGCAGGACCAUCCCAGAGCACAUGGCACAGGAUUGCAUCUGGGUGGUUCUGGAAUAUCCCCAGUGAGGGGGACUCCGCAGCCUCUCUGGACAAUCUGUUCCAGUGCAUGGUCACUGCACAGAAAAGUUCUCAUGUCCAGGUGGAACUUCCUGUGCAUCAGUUUCUUGCAAGUUGUUAAAAAACACAGUUAAGAGACAGCUCACUGGUUUAUCAGAUCAUUAUUAUGAAAUGUGUUAUAUACUUCUGUUGUGCAUACAGACUGUUUUACUUCCAAAAAUAAAUUUAAUAAACUUUCUGGCUCCAAAGUGUACCACAGAUAAAAAAAUUAAGAAUUUUAUUUUUGUUCUGCCACUUCAGGAAAAAGCAGACUGGUCCUGAUAGUGCUGAAGACUCCAUUUAACUCAGUGAUUACCUGAUCCCUGUGGAACAUAUAAUAUGCAUCUCUUGCAAAAGCUUCCCCCCACACCAUUAGCAUAUAAGACACACAAAUGAUCUGUCAGCAUGCCUUCUAGGCCUCACCUCAUAGAGCAGCAUUUGGAGCAAAGGGAGCUGAAAUGGGAGAACAGUGUCAUGUACUCUGUUAUUAAAUAGUUAAAUUUAACUCCCCUGCUUUGCCAAAAGAAAAUCUCACUGUAAGAAAUCUUUCUUACAGGAUGCUGGUUCUCGUCACAGUUCAGUUUGUCAUGGAAGUAUUUUCAUGUCUCUUUCUGUGACACUGUUGGUCUUUUGCUGAGUCUGAAUCUAAGUAUCAAUACAAAAUUCAAAUACAAAAGAGGAACAGUAGUACAUAAUUGUGAGAAGUUUUCCUCUGAAAUGUGAGCAGAUAAUUUUCGGGUUUACUUUGCUUUGGAUAGUACAGUAAUUAAAAUAGUGGGUUGAAAGGGACAUUAAAGAUCAGUAAGUUCCAGCCCCCACCUUGCUUGGACAAGGGACACCUUCCACCUGGCCAGGUUGCUCAGAGCUCCAUCCAGCCUGGCUUUGAACAAUUCUAAGGGUGAGAAGACUGCCAGUUCCUUGGGUAAUUACUGCCAGUGCCUCACCAUGCUCUCAGUAAAGAAUUUCGUCCUAAUCUAAAAUUAUUAUCUUGAAAGUAAUAUUUGUAAAACUGUUUUGCUGUGUAUAAGUAUUUUGUAAUUACUGUGAUUCACUUAUAUGUCUUAUUUAAAUGAAACAUUUAGUUUUAAGUUAGCAGUUUCUUUCCUACCAAAGAAAAUUUAAGUUCUUACAUAGAAUCUGUCUGCAUUUUUGCCUUCCCUGAAUGAUAUGGAUCUUGGUGGUUUUCUGAUAAUUUUUGUUUAUUUUAAAUUACAUAAAGUGCUAUAUUUAUCCUGUGGAUUGCCUUUACUGUCAUGGGAAGCUGUUUGAACCUACUGCUUUGUUCUUUCAUCCACAAAUCCGAGGGAAAUACUCUAAUAUGUUUUAAUUUUUGCUCUCUAAUGUGAUUAGUGCUUUUUGAAAACAGCAGUUAGUUUUGUGCCUUUAUUAUUGUUCCCCUUCUUGAUUUUUUGGUGUUUGAUGUUGUUCUGCAGCAUCUCUUUCUGUUUCUCCCCUGUGAGGCCACUGGUCUGAAUGAAGAGACCUGUUGAAAGGAAAUAGGAACAGUUCUAUUAGUAAAAUGCUGGAUUUUUAUUCCCCACUGCCCCUCCCCAUUACUGCUUCAACCAUUAGUUAUCUCUUGCUUUUGGAACAUUUGUGAUCAUUCUGUGAACAUAAAACCUCCUGAGGGCAUCUCUGCAUGUUCACCUCUCCUUAGUGUACAGUCAUAAGUCAAUAACAUCCACAGGUGCUGGAGCCCUGAGUUGCUCUAAAAAUGUCGAAUUUUGUUGGUCCUAUAUUGCACAAAAUCCUCAUGUGUCUGUGCAACAAGGCUGCUUUGGAGUUGGUUUUUGUGGCUGUCAGACUUCCAUGCCAUUCUCCCAUUACAUUUAGGAUGUUAAAGUAAUGAAUGAGUUCUAUCUGGGUGCUCCAAGACCCUUUGCUCUUUGUCCCUGAGGAACAAAGCAGACAAGGGAAUAUUCCUUUUAUUGAUCCAUGUUACUGUAGAUGUGUGCAUUAAGUGGUAACUUGAAGGGCAAUAGAAUAACCAAGAGAUUGAGGGAAUUUGGUCUUUACACCCCACUGAGUGUUUUGUGCUCUUGCUUCUAUGCCCACCUACAUAUUUAUUAAUUUCCUUUAAAUAUGCCUGGUCAGGCUUAAGACUAGCAUUUUCAGCUGAAAUAUGGUUCAGUUGUUUUCACAUACAAAGUGUUGCCUUCUAGAUCUCUUCACUGAAAAGGAAGGUAUCAGGUAAAUGUGUAAAUCCUGAUUUUCCUAGCUGUGCCUCUCUAGUAGUGAGAGCACCAGCCCAUGGGAACCUUGUGUUUAACUGCUGCUUGCAGCUGUGCUGAGAGCCUGCGUGGCCUCAACACUCCUGGGCGAUUUCACAUGAAGUUCUAAGUGUGAGGAUGUAAAUGUAAUGGAGCCUUCUUUUAAUCUCAGCUCUCUAACUGUAAUUUCCUUGGGGUGUUUUAUUUACUAAUAUGAAAGAUAAGCUGCUGUAGAAGACCAGACAUAACAGCUCAGUUUAGUUGUCUGCAGACAGGCAUUCUGAUGUGGUAAUACGUGGAAUAGUAACGUUGCACUUUAGAUCUUCUGUAAAACAGCUGUGCAACUCUUUUAGAAAGCAGCUUAUGUCUUAGGAGCCUUAAGUAGGAAAUAUCAUUUUGUUGGUAAUAAGAAGUAAAAGUAAUGCAGAUUCAAAAUGCUUGUCCUUAAAAGCAAACAUUUAUUAAGCCAAGAAAUGGUGUUUAAUCUCAAAAGGGGUGGGGCUGGGGGAAUUUUUGUUUGUUUAAGUUUUACUUGUUUUUAAAGUUUUACUUGGUUGGAAAAUCACUCUUUUUAUUAUUAAUUCCUGUCAUCCAUUUAUUUCAUUCUUUCUGGCCUGCCUCAUUCCCGUUUUACAGAAAUCCUUACAAAUCUUGAUCCUCAAAAUUUUGGUCUACUUAUUUUAAACUUAGCUGAGUAUUCUGCUAAUGAAACUUUGCAGCUCCCUUCCCUGUUGGUUUUAAGUGGGGUUUUUUGAGCAACAAAAUAGAUAAUGAGAGAAGGUCAUGGAAGCACUAUAAAAGCAAAAAGGGGUACUACCAAGAAACUCUCCAACUCUCCUCUUUAAGAAGGGUCAGGAAAGUUUGCUUUCAAAGGUUAAUUUUAUAUGCCCUGAUCCUUUUUUAUUAUUUUUUCACUACUUAAAUUUAAAAAUGUACUAUUACUAUGCAAAACUAAUAUUGUAUGUAGUAGCUAAUCUGAGUUCAGAACUUUAAAUGCUCUCUUGUAACAAAUGCCAAGUGUUUUUAGUAAUAUUUUGUAACCAUCCUUUGGUUCAAGAUUCUGUAGCUCCUGUCACAGUAAGUUACAUUAGGGAAGCAUCUGUGUUUGUGUGAACCAGCACUUGGUAAUUAAUUUGCCACUGUCAGUUGGAUUUACCACUUAAUUGGUUGAAUUUUCCUGGCCAUAUGAAAUUCUUGCUCUCACAAGUACAGCAUGUACAUGAUAAUGUACUGUUCUCCUUCAGUGCAUGUCAGCAUCUCACCAUGCAAAUCAGCCGUGUUUGCUUUUCCCACUUGCUUAAUGACAGCAUGAAACCCCCUCCCACUACUGUUUUUCAAAAUAAAUCCUUGAAAUGAAAGCUAGGCUCUUAAUGUCUGUCUACCAUUAAAAGAUCUUGUGUUCCCCAAACUGUUUCCCAGGAGAUGAACUUCAUUGUAUUACAAUCAUAUUACUCAGGCACCAGCUCAAAAGGAGGUGUUUGUAAUUUCUCUAGGAUUCAGGGAGCACCUUUGAAGAACAGAGUAACUUGUGUAGUAAAGGAAGUAUAAAUUUAGCAACUUCAUGCUAGGCAGUCUUUUGGCAAACAACAUUGUCUUUGAAGAUCAGUAAGUAGAUUGAAGGCCUAGCAAAAUAGUUACUGAACCAAAUUUAGUUUGCUGAAGAGUUGCCUAAUAGUUCUCAAUAAGGGGAAUAAAAGACAGUAAGGAAAGAUUUUAAAAAUCAAGGAAAUUGGGAUGUGUGGAGGAAAUUUCUUUGGGCCGGAGUUAUGCUAGUGAAUAUUAAAGAAACUUAAGCCUCAUGAAGCUCAGUGAGAUAACCACAAUAAAUGAUUGAAGUGGAUGCUUGGCAAUACAGACUACCAAACUGCUUUUACAGAGCAAAGAGAGCUGAGAGCCUGAUACACUAAUCUGUGUGGCCUCAGUUUCCUUCAGCAUGAGCCUUUCCAAGGACUUUUCAGUCCUUGGAGCACACUGUGCACUCUUGGCUUUGAGGUGUAAUUUGGUCCGAAAAAGAAUUCAGUUCAUGUCCUCCUAGCCAACUCUGCCAUGUAAACAAAAGCACUGUUAGUGAGGAUUAUCUUUAAAAUACCCUCCUGACCUGAAUUAAUGCACAAGUAGAGGCAUGCCUGUACAAAACUAAGAGGGAAACAAUCCUAAAUUUUUCAAACCAUGGGAUUAGAACCAUGUGAAAGAACAGCAGAACUUGGCAAGAGGUCUCCACAAGCCAAGGUUCCCCAGGAACAAUGCCAAUGAAAUAUUUAGGAAAAAUACAAGUUUGUAGUGUGCUGAACUUGGAACUGGGAAAGUUUGUUCCACAAAUACAGGAUAUAACCAUUGGACAGGGAUUAAGGGGUAACACUUCCAACUUGAAAGAAAUGGCAUAAUGUCACUUGUGAGAAACAGGCAGUCAUCAUGAGUAAAUAAUAAUAAAUAUUAAAAUCUUUAUGUCAAUAAUGAAAUAGUCUGUGAGGCAUCACUGCUGUUCUUGGCAUCAUCUGUAUUUAUGAUCACACAGGUUUAAAGAUGUUACUCGGAAAAGAACAUUACCUUUUUUUUUUCUUCUAUCACUCUGCAAAUAAAUCUUUCUUUGUUUUAAUCUUGUCCACCAACAUUUAGUAGCAUAAAGUGAAAAGGAAAAAAAAUGUCUUAAAAUUAGUGUAAUGAGUAACAACUGGAAUCAACAAACCAGAAAGUGGAUGUUGUUUUCAGUGAUAGCAAUAUGCCAAGGAUUUUGUUCAUCAUGUAUUACAUCUUCAGCAAAUUACAUUAAAGCAUUUUGGACCCAA